AUGCAACAAGUAAGGGCAAGAACGCAAAGACAAAUAAUUAGCUGCACCUAUCUCAAGCAACGAAAGAUACCAGGACCAAACACAGUACCAUCAAGGUCAAUAGCGACAGCAGGGUCCCACAGAACACCAAAACCUUUUAACGAGGAAAAUCUUCACUAUGCCAGGACAUCUCCGGAAAGGAAGAAGUUGGAAGAAGCACUGAAAGAUCUUCGGUCAAAAGUCCCCAUCUCAGUGCCUUUCAUUCGAAAUGGACAGCAAGUCACCAGCCAGGGCAGUGUUGAGUUGUCGCAGCAUAUGCCUGCCGAUCACGCGAGCGUGCUGGCCAAGUAUCAGCCUGCAACUCAACAGGAUGUUUCCGCCGCAAUCGAAGCUGCUAUGAAAGCAAAGGUGGAAUGGGCCGCUACCCCUUUCUUCGACAGAGCUGCUGUCUUUCUUCGGGCUGCCGAACUCGUAUCCAGUAAAUAUCGCUUCGAGAUCAUGGCAGCUACAAUGCUAGGUCAGGGCAAAAAUGCAUGGCAAGCAGAGAUCGAUGCCGCUGCAGAACUUGCCGACUUCUUCCGCUUCAACGUAUCUUUUGCUCAAGAUAUAUACGAUCGGCAACCCACUCUCAAUGCUCCAGGACAUGCUGGUCGGACAGAUUGGCGCCCUCUUGAAGGCUUCGUAUAUGCGGUCUCGCCAUUCAAUUUCACCGCAAUUGGUGGAAAUCUAGUAUCUGGACCUGCGCUCUUGGGGAAUGUCGUGCUCUGGAAACCUUCUCCUGCCUCAUUUUAUGCUAGUCACCUUGUCUACCAGAUCCUUUUGGAGGCUGGCCUACCACCUGAUGUUGUCCAAUUUGUUAAUGGAGAUGCCGAGAUGAUCACAAGGGUCGUGUUUGACCACCCCCAAUUCGCAGCUCUCAACUUCACAGGUUCCUCCGACAUUUUUCGAAGCCUCUAUCACAAGGCCGCAGAGGGUGUCAUCGAAAAAAGGUACAGGGAUUUCCCUCGUAUGGUGGCCGAGACAUCUGGCAAGAAUUUUCAUUUGGUACACUCGUCGGCCGACAUCAGCAAUGCCGUAAAGCAUACAAUGCGGGCAUCUUUUGAAUAUUCUGGACAAAAAUGCUCGGCGUGCUCACGGGUCUACCUACCAAAAAGUCGAGCUUCAGAGUUUCUUAAUGAACUAAAGGGCCACCUCAAGGAUAUCAAAAUGGGUGAUCCCGAAGACUUUGGUAACUUCUUGGGGCCUGUCAUUAACAAACCUGCAUAUGACCGGAUUACUAGCGUUAUAGAAACUGCAAACCAAGACAGUCGGCUAGAACUCAUAAAUGGUGGCAACUACGACAACAGUAAAGGUUAUUACAUCGAACCUACCGUAUAUGUGUCAAAUACCCUGGACCACUAUCUUUUUGACCAGGAGUUGUUCGGUCCGGUUCUAGUUGUCUACAUCUACGAAGAUGCUGGUUUUGAUACUUUGCUCGAAAAAAUCGACCAACAGGGUGGCAAUUUCGCUCUUACGGGUGCCAUCUUUGCCAGUGAUACUAAAGCUAUUGAAAAGGCGGAGGAAAUGCUCCGAUAUUCGGCUGGUAACUUUUACACAAAUUGCAAGACUACUGGAGCAGUUAUCGGUCAGCAGUCGUUCGGUGGCGCCAGAGGCAGUGGUACUAAUGACAAGGCUGGAAGUGCAGACUCCUUGAGACGAUUCCUCUCUCCUCGGACCCUCAAGGAGGAGUUUGGUCGUCUCGAGACUGUACUGUACCCUAGCAACUUAUAG